CUGUGCGUGAGCCUGAGAUCACAGGCCGUCUCCGCUCGCCUCCGCUCUAUCAGUUGUGCCUGAAUCCUCAACAAACUCAAUCAACUUCCGACUGGAUGCCACGCAUCAACCAGAGAACAUGGUGACAAACACCAGCCAGUAUCAAUGGCUCUCUCGGUGAAAAAAAAGCGCUCCUUUGGUCACUUACAACAGUCGCAUGCGAAGAUGUGCAUCCAAGAUUUCUGUAACAAAAACAUGGCUACUACGCCGGUCUCCUGGCCCAUUCCCAUGAGGGCUAUCGGAGCUCAGAAUCUGCUCACCAUGCCGGGAGGAGUAACCACAUCUGGAUAUCUGCACAAGAAAGGGGGCAGCCAGUUCAGCCUGAUGAAAUGGCCUCUUCGCUUCAUCAUAAUCCACAAAGGCUGCAUCUACUAUUUCAAGAGCAGUACUUCUGCCGCACCUCAAGGAGCGUUUUCACUCAAUGGCUACAACAGAGUCUUACGGGCAGCAGAGGAAACAACAUCUAGCAAUGUUUUUCCUUUUAAGAUCGUCCACUUCAGUAAGAAACACCGUACGUGGUAUUUCUCAGCGGCGAGUGAGGAUGAGAGAAGGAAAUGGAUGCGGCACUUAAGAAAAGAAAUCAGCUAUUACAACGAUAAACGAGAUUUGCCUCUUCCAAGUGAUGAUUUAGAUUCUGAGAGCCUGUAUGGACAGUUAGAGGAGCCCCUGGAAAUCAGUCCUGUUGAAGAAGAUCCUGAAGCAGAUUAUAUGACACAAGAUGAAGACAGCGAUGGAGAGGAUAUAUCACCUGGGUCUGCAGGUCGACCCACGGUUCCUCCUCCACCGUAUCCUCCACCCCCUGUUCCUGUUCAGCCGAGAGAAAACCGCCCCUCGAAAGGCCCACCGCCUCUGCUUCCCCCUCCGUUCAAAAAGCCGUCCUGUACAGCCAAAGGUCCUCCUCCGCCGCUGCCGUACGCCCCGCACCUAGAGAAACCAGGCGUACACCUGUCAAACAGAGCCCCCCCUGGCCCCAUGCCUCCUUUACCCCCUCCAAACAGGAUGAAGCCCAUGUCAGGGCCCUUUUCCACACUGCCUGCUUGUGAAAAGAAGCCGAAUGCCUCUCACAUCAACUCUACCUCGGCUACUUUACCCAUCGUUGAGAACCUGCAGAGAGUGAUUCUGAACUCGUCGAAACCACACCUGGGGGUGAAGCCCACCCCUGGCCCACGGCCCGUCUCGCCUCACCCGUCCAGCUCUGUCAGCAACAAGGUGCUCGGCCAGAUACCCAAACCUCCGAUACCAUCCAAACCCAAACCCAGCAGACCCUUGUUCCAAAGAGCGUCACCGGACGGACAGAGCUUUCGUUCUUCUAUCGAAGAAAAGCCCUUAAAAAGCCGAGUGCAGGGCAAAAUUAAAGAGGACUCAGAUGAUGAGGACUAUGAAAAUAUCAAUUUGCCUAACUCUGUAUUUGUGGACACAAUGGAAACCAGUAAUGUCGAAAGAUUAUUUAAGGACACAUACACCUACCCACCCAAUGGUCUGUACUGCAUCCGCAAAUCAGGAACAGGAAAAACAUCACAGGUGCUGGUUGUUUGGGACUCGGGUAUAAACAAAGCCAGAAAUUUUAGGCUCUUUGAGGAGGACCAGCGGGUGUAUCUGGAGGCAGAUCGGACGUUCCCCACUUUAUCUGACCUGGUAGAAAACUAUCACAUCAACCCACUGCCCAGCAAUAACCACUCAAUGCCCAACUACUCCCUCUGCUUAAAUCUCCCGUUCGGCUACGACCCACCCAGGUGACAUCGGCCCCCUGUCCCGUGCUGAAACACCCACCCGCUGACAGCGCCACCUUCUGGAGGACACCUCCCAUCACACCUGAGCGCCCAGUCGACUGAUGCCCUCACUAGUGUGAUAUACUGUGAAUAUCAAUGCAUCAUUAAUCCAGUGAACCAGUGAACUGUGUUCAUUUAAGUCCAGUGUUCAGAAGAGAUGCGUUCUAUUAAAAUGACAAAGAUCCAGUGACUCAAACAGUGUUAAAUAGCAAAUGUGCACU